ACUGAAGGGUGAUGUUACAAUAAUCGUGGACGAAUAUACACUGUGAGCAGUAUCUUUUCGGCCAUCGUCUGGUAAAGUCAAGAAGAACAAUCACAAUGCAGAAGUCCAUGAUUAUUGUGUUGGCCGUCUGCCUUUUAAGCGUUCACGCCUUUGUGAAACGCGAUGCCCCAGCCGCAGCCCCCGACAACACCAACUACUUAGAGGAUAUUCAGAAGCAGUUGGGGGCCUUGAGCAAGCAAGUCGGUGACAAGCUGAAGGAGACCUUCGACCCUGAAGAGCUUAAAAAGGGUCUCAAUGAUGCCGUGAACAGUAUCGGCAAGGCGCUUGAAGACUUAAAGGCGAAGUCUGAAGCUCCGAAAAAAGAGUAAGGGUGGUACAACAGGAGUAUAAUACACAAUCCUAGACAAAAAUAGACUUCCUGAGCAAUAAAAUGUAAUAAUAAACAUUUUUUAACUAGUA